UCCCCAACUGGUCGAAUUUUCCCAGGCUCCGCAGGGCGACGCCCACGGCGAAGGCUUUGCUCUCCUUGUCGAACUUCACCUCCCAGUACUGCUGGCCAGCGUCGAUCAUGGUGUCAGCUGUCAUAAGACAUAAGCCCAGACAGGCAGCAGACACAGGAUGAGUCUGAGAAGAAGAAGAAGAACAAGAAGACCACCUCUCACAUGAUACAAUGGAAAUGUGUCUGAAGCGGUCAACUCUGGUUUUUCUCACAGCACUAGCAGCCCUGGUGAUAUCAGGUCAAGCUCCUGUGAUUCUGGAUAAUACAAAAAACAGAAGAGUGGAAGUUCCUGUUGGUUCCUCUGUGACUUUCCAGUGCGGUUUGACGACAGAGAAGUUUGAGAGAUUUCGGGUGGUCUGGCAUUUUAACCCCUCUGGAUCUUCAAUCUACAACUCGAGCAAAUUAUCCUCCGAGAUCUUUAACAAAUCUGAAAAGACCUUCAGCGUGGUGUCAAACGAAACAACGCUGAAGAACACCGAAGACACUUCGCUGAAAUACACUUUAUCAAAUGCAACAGUCCAGAACAGCGGAUGGUACUUUUGCAAAGUCAUCAGUGAGAUUCCCUUAUAUACCUUAAGUAGCAGCAUUGGAAGAGAAGUAGUUAUAACGAAGAGCAAGGAAAAUACAACGUACCCGUCACUUCCCAUAGUGACAGCUACUGUGACGCCCACAAACAACUUCCAGCUCAUCGACUGGUGGAUGUGGCUCUUGUUGGGGGUAGCUGUUUUCAUCCUGAUUGUCCUGCUGGUCAUAUGUGUCUGGCUGAGAAGAAGACGCCACAGAAGCAGAGUAGAACAGCCCAUCUAUGCAAACACUCAUCGUGUGCCCAACAAACAGCCAUCACCUCGGCCGGGCACACCUGCGGCGAACAACCUGAAGCUGGUUUCUUCCUCUCAAAACCUCCGGACCCCGAGUCCAGGCCGGAAAUACGAAGACAAACGGAGAUACAAACAUUGAAGAAGUCAUGGACCUCAUCAACUCCUCCUCAUCAUAUUUAGUCAUGGUGGACUAAAGCUCUUUUAAAACUUGACAACAUAAAUUAUCUAAAUGGGCCCCUUUGUAUUUCCUGUUCCAAUUGUUGUUAAUGCAGCUGACAGGAAGUAAACUUGGACCAAAGCUGUUGCCCCAGCAACAGAAUAACAAUGUAAAGGUCUAUAGGAAUGAAGCAAUGAAUUGUCUUUUUUAAUUAUUAUGUUUUACAUUGUAUUUUAUAUUUUCUGGUGCAGGCUUUUCCUUUAAACUGGAAAUGUGUCCUAUCUUAUUGUUUGUAUUUCUUCUCAGAUAUUUCCUGUAAAAUAUCUUUUAUGAGCCCCUAGAUGGCAGAAUGUUAACGGGUAAAUUCAAAAUGUUCUUUUUAUCUUUUAUUUUUUUUGCUUUUCAGCUCCUGACAUUAUUUGAAUAUGUUGCCAACAGCAGCCCUUGUGUAGCUAAUAAAUAUAUAAAUAAAUAAAA